AUGAGCGAUGGAUUGUUGCGGGUAUUUUGGCCAUACGACCUCCCUCGGACGCCGUCACAGGGCGUGAUUAUCGGGUGGAAGAAUUCGGAGCUCGACUUGUUCGUGUUGACGGUCUUGGAGGAUGUGGAGCCUCGGAAUGUCGACAAUGCCCUGCGUGCUGGGAUCCUUUUUCGCAACAGCCCCCAUCCGAUUGUGAGGAUAUUUACGCUUUGUGGCAGAUCUGCCAUGCAUGUGCUUGGUACGACCAAUCCGCGAGAGCCACCGACAGCGUUUAACCCGUCGCACCUGUAUGUGAAUACGCAUCCGUCGUAUAAGAUUCCUAGGAUAUAUUGUCCGCCGGAGACGAAUGUGUCUGUUCAGGUUAUCAUGUUUCAUCGCCCCCAUCCUACCCGAAUGGAGUAUAUGUCGCUAGAGCCGAUUUCCCUUGCUCUUGGCGACAAGGUGUCUACUGCGGACAAAUCCGAUUCGGUAUCCGACAAGAUUGAUACAGAGGAGGAACGAGAUAAGGCUCAGUCUCAGAAGUUGGUUGAAAAACUUAAGCUUCAUACUGUUGUUAAGCAUGUCCCGUCGCACAAAGAGCAGGCACUACCCCUCAUAAUCAACCAAGUAAACUGCGCCUACGAGAUGGGAAAGCUCAUGGAAAAGAAUAGUCACCUGAUCGGGAUUCGGGUCAAGAGGAGUAUGAGCGUUGGUGAGCGAGUUGUCGAAUCUGCAACGACGCUGUGGGAUCUUUUUGUCCUUGGUGUCUCUUAUGUGUUCUGGCAAUGGGUUUGGCCUGUUGUCACUCGGAUCUUCGUCAUCGGUCUUGUAUUCCAUCGGACAAUUGCUGAGAUAGUACUCCAAAUUCUAGAGUGGCGCGCUCGGCCCGAUGCAGCAGCUUUGAAGGACAUAUCAGCAACGGCCCAACAAGUUGACAUUCGGCUCCAACAAUUCUGCUAUUGGCCCAUUCAAUACGUCAAGCUGCGACAGAGGAAGGAUAAUUGGGAGAGUGUGACUACUAGCCAUCCGGACUAUAUUCGGUUCUACAACAGUCUAUGGCUUGUCGCGAAUGACGUGAUUAUCGGUAUAGCGUUGGGUUCCUACAUCAUUGAUAAUGCGAACUGGGUUGCUCUGCAGAUCAACUCUAUUCUUACUGGCUGGACUGUGGAAGGCUUGCAACGUACCAUCUCCUGGCUCAUGGAUUGGCCAGCAGGCUUGAAGCUGAAUAACGAGCUCGCUGCUUUUCUGGGCGAUCUGUUUCUGUGGGUAAUAGAGAAUUGGGCUGCUUUCAUUGCAAACCUACAGCCUUAUCUUCCUCACGUUAUAUAUGUCGUCGGGUGUUCUAGCUUCGCGGGCGCCAGCAUGCCCAUUGCGCUCUUCUCAGAUCUUGUGUCUAUACUGACCGUGCACAUAUACUCGUUUUAUAUCGCCUCGGCGCGCAUCUUCAACUGGCAGCUGACUAUUAUCAUAUCGCUAUUCCACCUGUUCCGUGGUAAGAAGCGGAAUGUGCUACGCAAUCGUAUAGAUUCAUGCGAUUAUGAUCUAGAUCAACUCCUGAUUGGGACAAUCCUUUUUACGGUACUCUUCUUUCUUCUACCAACCAUCAUCGUUUUCUACCUGGCUUUUGCAACCGCUCGGAUGUCAAUCAUCUCGGUGAAAGCGGCGCUUGAUACAUGUCUUGCAUUCUUGAACCACUUUCCACUCUUCGCCUUGAUGCUGCGGGUCAAAGAUUCCCGGCGACUGCCAGGCGGCGUUCACUUUGAGCUCCGCGAAGAGCACGAUAAGUCAUCAAACACCGACUCGGCUUCCACAGUACCCUACAUCCAUCUCGAGUCGAUACCCCUGACUCUUCGCGCCAUGUUCGAUCAGUACUUCCAACUAGGUCACCGCCUCCGGAAGCAUUAUCUCUCGCCGCGUGUGAUCUUCUGCCUCGUAACCGGGCGCUUCGUGCCUCCAAUCCACCGCCGCAAUCUCUACAGCAUGCAAUAUAGCAUGCUUCCUGCUCGUCGGGCCGGAAUGGCCGAGGUGUGGUCCUUGUUGACCCAGCCUCGUAAAGCGAAUAGUGGCAGUGGUGGUUCCUCUACGAUGGUCGGAGGAAUGGGUGCAACAGCGAAUGGGUUACUCAAGGUUCCGAACGGUUUCGGUCAGGGUGAUAUGAGGAGACGAGGACAUCGGUGA